AGAGAGAGAGAGAGCAUGUCGACAGUUGGAGCCUCAACAUGGCCGCUGGCACAAGUUGUAAACAUUGAGGCGUUCCUGGAGCUCCGGCCACACCUCGCGCGGAAAAUACACGUGUUUUGAGACUAUCAUGUGAAUUUUCGUCGAGGGAUCGUUGCAAAUCCUCGAUGUCGGAAAGCAGAGGGAGUCCACACGUUUGGAAAUUGGGCGACAUAGCUCACCUGUUGCUGUGAGUGGACAGAGUGGUGUGGAAGGGGAGGAGAAAAUGCCACGGAGAGACUUUUAAAAACAGGUGUUACCGGGAGACUUGCAGGGACCGACCGUCCUCCUUCCACGGGGACAGGAUGGAGCAGGAGGACGAGAAUAUCUCCCUCCUGCUGAACAUGGGGUUCCCCGACGUGCGAGCCAUCAAAAGGGCCCUGAAGCUGAGCAACGGCGAGGUGAACGAGGCCGUGAUCUACCUGACGGAGCAGCCCCUCACCUCGUACUCGACGGUGGACGACCUCAGGGACGUGGAGAUGGCCGAGACGCAGGGGCCGCCCACGUACGAUGAGGCUGGCGGUGACAAUGGGAACAGCAUGGAAUUUCCAACAACCAACUUGUAUGAGCUUGAGGGCCGUGUUUUUACUGACACUUGGUCAAUCCCUUACAAACGAGAAGAGUCUUUAGGGAAGUGUCUGGUUGCAGCAACACGUCUAGCUGAAGAAGGUCUCUGCGAUGCAGACGAAUCGUGUCAGCGCUUUAUGGAGCGGUGUUUGCCCGAGUGCUUUCAGAAGCUACUAGCGAAUGGUGCCGUGCGGAGAUGGGGGCCCGAGAUACAGGAGGGGGUGUUUAACUUGCUGGACUUAUUGACCAAUCUUGUCAUUGCAAGGCUUAAACAAGGGCCCAUUCCUGAAGCUUUACUAAAAAAUUCUUAUGCUCUUGCAAUGGAUUCUGAAUGUGAGUGGAACCAGAAGAAUAAACACAGACCAGCGGAAUUCAUUGGAGAUACUACAUAUGCUGAAUCACCAUCACAAUUUGAAUUAUACGGUUGGCUGGUGGACAUUAUUAAUAUAUAUGGCAACCGUGGUGGUCUAGAGCUGGUGGCAGGACGAUUUGCUUCUGGAGAAGAGUUGACAGCAGGCCAGAUGGCAGCUCUGCUUCUUCCUCUCGGACAGUGUGCUAAGUUCUUAAUCCGGGAUAUAGUAUGUCCCAUUUUGCAGCCAGCUGUCACACAGGCACUUAAUUAUGUGGCAAAUUUGGAGGAAAAGCAACUCAAGGGACAGAAAAUUGGAUCUUGUUAUGAGCUUCUUGAAGCUGUUCGACUCUUGUGCGUAUCUCUUUGGCCUGAGGAGGUACAACGAACCAGUGACCUUAGACUGGAAAUGAUCAUUCGCAUGUUGAAGACGCCUCAUUUUUCGGCAAGAAUGAAUGCACUUAAGGAACUGGCAAGACUAAUCGAAGACAGCGAGAGACGUCGUGGCAAUGUCAUCGAUGCCGACAUUAUACAAGAGUGGAUGACCAGGAAUAGGGUUCUGUCUCUGGCUCUUGAAGGUAACAUCGACCAAGUGCAGUACACAGAUCGGAUGAAGGAACUAGUUGAGUUUAUGGGACCAAAGCUGCAGGAAGAGGAACUGACACGUAUUUGGCACAUGGCAGAAAAAGCCACCAGUCCCCAUGUAGUAGACAACAUUCACCGCAUUAUGGCUGCUGCUGCUACGCGCUUUAAUCCGCACCAGUUUGAUCAUCUUCUUAGUCUUAUCAGAAAGAGCUGGGAUGAAGGUAAUGAUCGGCUGAGAGAGAAGCUGCUCUCCUUUAUUGGAAAGAUCGGCCAGGACUCUCGAUUAGGUCGCACGGCUGAGAAGAUGCUGGAUGCCCUUUGGGAGCUUGCACGCGUUCCAGCCUUGCCUCCAAGAUUAGUUCAUCAGGCCAUGAAUGAACACCUUGCCAUUCUCAAUGAGUCAGCCACUAGGGAACAGUUGAGGAAGUCAUACAUAGUGCGGUGUGUGGAAGAUAUUAAAAGAAGUCCUGCUGUUUAUCUUCCUCUGAAGCAGCUACACUACCUUGCACGUUCCAUUACAAAAGGAGGGGCUUCAUACUUCAAAACAGAGAAGGCAACCUUGUCAGAUCUGAAUCGAAGUCAUGAAAUUGUCAAGCUCAUCACCUCAAGCCUUAGCAAGUGCCAUGCCCUUGCAGUGUCUGCAAGUGGAAACCAACAGCCCUGUCCAUCUACGAUGAUUGAUGGGAAAUAUACCCAUGAUGAUUAUAUGCGAGUGCACUUGGAGUUCCUCCAGUUCUUGCUCAAAGAAGGUGAUAUCUAUCUGGCUUGGGCACGAUGCAAGGACAUUUGGGAAACCCUUGUUGGGAAUGUAAAUGCAUCUGGACAUGAUAAAGAGACUUGCUUCACAUGGUUCAGUGAUUGCCUGGGCGAUCUUGAGAACAACACACAGCGUGACCUAUUCUGUGAGAAACUCCUUCGUCUUGAUCCUGUAACCAUGACCCGGCCUGCAUUCACCUGCUUUGUUGAUUACUUCCAUGCUGUGAAUCUCAAUGAUCACAAACUGAUAAGGAAUGGAAAUGUGAUUACUGUGGAUAAGUUAGAGCCCUUGGGAAUGGAGUUCAUAUGGCAGCUGGUUCUAGAGUGCCAGGACGAGCUACUUGCAGAAGAUGCAAUGAAGCUUUUGCUUGACAUGUCAUACAUGUCAUUAUCAGCUCGACUCAAGCGUGACCCGCCACAGUUGCAUGCAAAGUUCAUAUCUGAGUGCUACAGGAAGUUGGAGAAAUCUAUGCUACGUGUCAACGAGACAGCUGUUGGUGCUGCAGUGUCCACAGCAACAAAAACUCUGACUGCAAUGGCAGUGUCGGACAUUGGAACUCUACCAGCUUGUUCAAGAACCAGCUGCAUUCAGCACAUCCGGCGUGUACUGGUGCUUGCUGAACGCUACAUCAGCUCCAUAGAGGAACAGCACCCUGGCCCUCGCUCAUUACCCCCUCACGGUGCCUCUUUUACUGGCGUACCCAUCAUUCUCAACAUUACUUGUGAUUCUAAUAAGUUGGAUAUGAAACUAGAGUGCCACAGCAAUGAACGGAUUGGCUUGAUACGAGGGAAGAUUGCCAACCUUGCACGGGUGUCGCUAGAUCAGGUUCAUACUCUGAUGUUUGGUGAAGGCGGUAGUGGAGCGCUAAUUUCUGCAGCUGAUCAAGACAAUAGAUUACUGCACCACAUUGGUGUUCACACAAAUACUCCUGUUGUUGCCAAGAUAAAUACAACUGGUGCUGCUCAACUGAAAGAAGUUGGGGACAACUGGGAUGAGCUACCAAGUGCUGCAAGUUACUGUGAUACGGUUGAAAGUGGUAUCUCAGAUGUGGGUGCAGCAGGAGGCUCAGGAGCCAUGGCAACUGUCGCAGGUCCAUCCCGGAUGGAAGCAGCAGGUGGAGCCUCUGCAGCUGUUGGAGACUGUCAGGGAAGCCAAUACAACCUGGAACAAGAGAAGCAGUUGCCAGGAGUCGUCAUGUCCAGUCAGGGAAAAGAUUUCUUCUCUAUGCUGUAUCAGCUGGCACUUCUUGAUGAGCCAAGGAUUGUUGAGGCUGUUCGUCGUGUGCUGUAUCUUGUCCCAACUGAUCCAAGUGUUGCAGAUAAAUUUGAUCACAUUUGUAGUGGAGGAAGUAUUCCUUCAGAUGUUAGUCCGAGAACCACACCAUAUGGUUCACCUGCUAAAAGAGACAAAGUCAGGGAUAAAGAAAAGGAGAGAGAAACCGGAAAGGAAAUUCUGCGCACUCUGUUGGAUCUUGAAGCAACUGAUAUGACACCUUUCAGGCUUUUGUAUAAUAUGGAGGUUCUGUCAGGAAAAAUUAUGCCAGUUUCCCAAGAAGGUACAAUGCAUGGCAGUGCACAUUUUUGUGAAGAAUUUCUCAUGUGUAGUGGGUUGAGCCUCAUUACCGCCCUGCUGCAGAGGGAUUCUCUUCCUCAAGAUGUUGACUAUGAAAUUCGUCAAAGUGUCUACCUCAUAACUUUACAGAUACUAAGGUAUUUGCUCUGUGGUUCUGCAACAAUAGGGCAGGAAUUACCCAUCACAAGCCAGCAACCUCACCCGGGUCCACCAAAGCGAUCCGCUCUGGACCCGUCAACCCAAGCCAGUCCUCCCCCUCUGGCAUACUCAUCCCUUACUCCUAUCAUUGUUCUGUCAGGAAAAAUUAUGCCAGUUUCCCAAGAAGGUACAAUGCAUGGCAGUGCACAUUUUUGUGAAGAAUUUCUCAUGUGUAGUGGGUUGAGCCUCAUUACCGCCCUGCUGCAGAGGGAUUCUCUUCCUCAAGAUGUUGACUAUGAAAUUCGUCAAAGUGUCUACCUCAUAACUUUACAGAUACUAAGGUAUUUGCUCUGUGGUUCUGCAACAAUAGGGCAGGAAUUACCCAUCACAAGCCAGCAACCUCACCCGGGUCCACCAAAGCGAUCCGCUCUGGACCCGUCAACCCAAGCCAGUCCUCCCCCUCUGGCAUACUCAUCCCUUACUCCUAUCAUUGCCAACAAAGUCAUAGUGGGAAUGAGCUUGGAUGAAUGGUGUGAAAUGGUCUCCAGCCUCAUGAGAGUAGCUUGGGCAGGAGCUGCGGGCAAGCUCUACCUGUCCUUGGCAACACUUACGCUGAGAGACCCUGCUCUCUCACCCCCUGAGACUAACAAGUCAUCACGACAAAGCAGCACUGGAAGCAGUCACAGCUCAAGUAGUGAUAGUGAGGGUGUACUACAAGGAGGCGUGUGUGUACAGCAGACAACCAUUCCACCCGUUGAUUCUCUCAUUGCCUCUCAAUCAUUACACCUUCUUAUAGCCUUCUUAAGAUUCCGUCCUCAGCACAUAGAACGGUGGUAUGGGAUGGCAAACGUGAAGGACUUCCUUGUUGAUGUGCUGGUUGGAUGUAGUUCACAGGAGGUACGAGAAGUUGCAUACCUACAAUUCACCAACCUUAUCAACAUCUCUACACCAAUAGAGAUGCAUCCCAAACAGUUUCUUACUCAGGUGGUACUAAAGGCCCCUUUGCCUUUGUGGGUUCCGUCCACCAGCGCACGUGGUGCUACGCUCCGACUGCUAUCCCAGUGCACACAGUACUUCAGUCUCAGGUCAAAGUUGCUGUCUGGACUUAACAAAAGUGAUCAAGCAGUGUUAGGCAUCAGCGCCAACCAGAUGCUGGAGGACGAGGCCGGGUGGCUGACCAACUUCAAUGCCACAAGAGAAGCGGCGAGAGAGAGGCCCGAGUCAGGAAUAGCGGCGCUGAGACAUGCCGAUAACAUUCUCCUGGCUGGACACCUGACGCUCAUCACCGCGCUGUUAUCUUGCGAAGGGAUUAACAAGGAAGACUUUGGUGCUAUGCUGAUUCCUUUACUGAUAACGGAGUACCUGUUUCCUGCAUCGAAGUUGGUGCUGGAGAGCGGACCGGGCCAAGACUCCCUCAGUGCCAGCAGAAAUUACUCGGCCAAGUGCACGGGCAAGGAAUCCCGUUUAGCUGCCUACCACCUCUUGGUGCACCUGGUGACCAACUCCGAGCUGAAUUUGACCAGACUCGUGGGGCAGCUGGUAUCUCUCCACCACACUUUGAACCCAGACUCUAUUAAAGAAUUUGAGUAUGCUCCAGCUGUCGAGGGACGCUGUGCCAGUGGUUACGUGGGGCUAAAAAAUGGUGGUGCCACUUGUUAUAUGAAUUCAGUGUUGCAGCAACUUUUCUUAGUACAAGGUGUACCUGAAGACAUUCUUGCUGUCUGUGAUGAUGACCAGGAUGAAGACAGUCUGUUUUAUCAGCUGCAGACAGUGUUUGGCCACAUGAUGGAAUCACAGCUGCAAUAUUACAUACCUGACAAAUUCUGGAAAUGUUUCCGAAUGGAUGGACAGCCUGUCAAUGUCAGGGAGCAGCAAGAUGCUUUUGAAUUCUAUACAAGAUUAACUGAACAGAUAGAUGACUAUCUCAAAGGGCAGAGGCACGAGCGAGUGUUUGCUCAUAGAUUCGAAGGAGUUUAUUCCAUUCAAAGAAUUUGCCAAGAUUGUCCACAUAGAUAUGAACGAGAGGAGCCAUUCUUAGCCUUAAAUCUCACUGUCACCAAGUGCCACGAUCUUCAAGAUUCUCUCGAUCAGUUUGUCAAAGGCGAACUCCUGGAAGGAGACAAUGCUUACUACUGUGAAAAGUGCAAUCAGAAGAGAACAGCUUUAAUACGGACGUGUGUUAAGAGCCUCCCACCUGUUCUUGUUAUCCAGCUGAAGAGAUUUGGUUAUGACUGGGAAGCUUCAAGAGCUCUCAAGUUUGAUGAUUAUUUCAAGUUUCCAUGGGUACUAGAUAUGGGAGCAUAUACUGCAGAGGGCAUAGCUGAACGUGAGGAAGAUCCCAAUGGCAGUGACGAGCCCGAGAUCAGGAGCACCCCAUCGCCAAAGGCCAAAGAGCCUCUCCCAAAAGCACUGUCUACUUCCCCUAGAGUUCCACACACUCCAACCAAGUCCAGUCCUUCAAGUGUUACUUCACCUCACACUCCUAGGCUUAAUACAAGAGUAAGACAUAGGGGGGCAAUGUAUGAGUUAGUAGGUGUCAUUGUGCACAGUGGACAAGCAAGUGCAGGGCACUAUUACUCAUACAUAAAAGAUCGUCGGGGAGAUCCACUGACCAAUCCGAACAAGGGCAGAUGGUUCAAGUUCAAUGAUACUACUGUUGAGCCAGUAGAAAUGACAGAUACUCUCCUGGAGCAGGAAUGUUUUGGUGGAACAUAUAAAGCCAAAGUGUCAUAUGACUCGUCAAACCCACUUCCUGAGGACAGGCUUCGAUACUGGAAUGGCUAUAUGCUGGUGUAUGAUAGCUUAGAUGACAGAAUGACGACUCCAAAGACCCCAAAGACUCCAAGGGUGGGAGUCUCCUCCAGAUCCUUCAGAGCGUCAACUAGCAGUGCAAAGAAGAGUUUAUCCAUGAGCGGUAGCAAUGAGAGAAGAGCACGUUCUAGUUUGUGUGAACUGAGUCAACUGUUGCAGCAAGGAGAGAAGCAGGGCAUGUUCCGUGAACAUAUGCCACCCCGCAUCUUGUCGUCUAUCACCCAUGAUAAUCUCACUUUCUUGAAGAAUAGGGAUGUCUACUCUUCUGACUAUUAUAACUUCAUACAUCAUUUAUGCUCAGUUAACUUGGAAAAGAGUCAGAAUGGUGUAUCCAGCAUCUUGUGUGUACAAGCAGUUCACCUUGGCCUAAACUUCCUGCUGAACACAUACCUGCGUACAAAAGACAAAGAAGAGGGAGUGAUCAGCCAGUGGGUCCAGCUCAUUCAGUCAUUGUGCACGCAGUCUAAAGAAGCUUGCAGUUGGGUCAUUAACUUCUUUACUGCUGAACACGGAUCGGUCCAUAUAUUACCACUGCUACUGGAGUGUCCUAAUAAAAUGAUACGAAGCCAGUUUGGGAACCUCUUGGACUGUAUCUUCAAGGCAGAGUAUGAACAUGCUGGCAAUGUUAACAGCAUUGAGCCAAUAAUAAAGCAUCUUAUAUCAUCAUUAGCCUCUGAUGUCCCUUCCAUGGUCAAGACCUCACAGCAGUACUUCUUGCUUUUACAAAACUAUUGUCAGCAGGGACUCACACACUGUUCGCAAAUCUUAAGUUUGGGUGGGUUCUCCUCGCUCCUAAACUUCCUUCUCGGCCCAUCCGAUUCAGAGAAAAGACGUUGGUCAUCUGUACAAGCUCAGGAUUUUGGACCACUGCACUCUAUCAUUUCUACUAUUAUUUUGUGUUUUGAUAUGACACCUCACCAGACCUCAGGUACAGCUACUCCCAGUGAAAAGAGUGAUGAAGACCAGCAGGAGAAGUUGGUCAUGCCAGGUGAAGUUGUCCAGGUCUUGUACGGAGGCGAACAAGCACGUUGGCUCCGGGAGGCGGUUGUGGCUUACAGAGAAGUGUCUGGCAGUGUCCCCUUGUUGUCCAAAGCACUUAGGGCAGCUGCAACUGAGAACUUUUCAUUUUCAAAAGCACUCAUUGCUGCUGUGAUGCAUGAAUAUGCAAAGGCACCCUCUAAUAUGUUGAAAGACCUUUCUCAGCUUCUGCAGGAGAUUCUGCAAAUUAGUGAUUCCCUGCAAUCUAGUCGCACAACUGCAGUUCUAGAAGGCUUUGCAAGUGCAGAUACCGAAAACAUUAUGGGUCUAUUAGACAUGAUUGGCAACAACAAAGACCACGACAGCAGAAGGGCUUAUCAGUGCAUUAAGCUUGUGGUGACACUCUCAGCCAAAUGUCCCCUAGCUCGAGACCACUUGACUAGUACGCAAACCCGCUGGCAGUGGGCGGUCGAGUGGCUGCGGGGAAGAAUGGACGAUCACUCGGCCACUUUGUCCGCUGCCACCGGUCUCAGCAAUGAAGACUCAAACACGAAAAAUUUCCAACGAACCACAAGUGCUCAGCUAACCCUCGAAGAAGCCACGGCUCUCCUAAGUGAGCUAGAAUCUACUGAAAUGGAGAUUGACUGUGACCCUGUUGAACUUGGUGAAAUAAAGGAGAGCGCAUCGGAACGUGAGACAUCACCGUCUGAAGACUUGGACGCCAUUGAUCCAUAAAGAUUGUUCUUUAAGUCACCAAAGAUUACCAAUAUGCCAGUUACCUUUUUAUCUGUGAAUUGUCUCCAGUAGGAACCUUUUUUUUUCUGUAUCUCUUAAAAAAGGAGAAAAUGAAAAAGAAAUUUGUGGAGUACAGCGAAAUUGUGAGAAAUAGAUUAGUCCCAUUGGAGAUGUUGACGCUGCUGCCUCUCAGGCUCAGAGUUUUUAAAUCCUUUGUAAGGUUUCUUAUCAGUAUCUCCUUGCUCAUUCUUUCCUUGUAAGAGUAUACUGUUACGUUUUAAAAAAACGCCUGGCAUGCCGUGUCAUUGUUGCUAGGUGAUAUUUUAUGAGAAUGUCGAGUUGAAAAAUACAGGUAUAGUGCUGUAAGAUUUAGUUAUUCCAGAAUAAUUCUAUAUAUUUUCAGCAGUCUUCAAGUUAGAAUUGAUACUUUGGUUGUUUAUGUUAAUUCUUUAGAAAUCUAAUAAUCCUAAACAAAUAGUGUUUCAAGAAUGGAAUGUUUCACAUUGAAAUUGCCUGUGGUGUUUGACAGCACUGACAUUACCCAUGGUGUAUAAUAGCAUCUGUUGUUUUAUAUUAGGAAAUUGUUGUUAACACCAUAAGUGCCAUAGCAUAUAUUUUUCUCAAAGUCAUUGUUUUUUGUACUUUCCUCAAGAGUGCAAACCUAGAGAAUUUUUGUAUAGUUGGAAACUACUUACAUUUGCACUUGGACCAGUCUGUAGCCAUUUGAAAUCAGCAUUGAUUAACAGACAUUUCUUGUAGACUGUUCCUUGGUGCUGUUCUGCAUGAAGCACAAAAAUCAGUUCUCUUUAAGAAGGAGAGCUGAACUUGGUGUCAUUUUACAGAUCCGCAGGGCCUUGUAUACUUUGUUGACCUUUAUUGUUUUUUAACCUCUUGUUACACAUCUGUUGGUCUUAGUGACAGAGUAAGUGUGAUUAAGAUCCGAGUCUGUAGUUGACUUUUUUCAAUUUUAAUAUUCUAAUAAUUUUCUUGCAAUAAAUUGUUGAAAUGUGAACAAAGCUAUUAAAGGUUGAAUCAGUUGUUUGAAUAAAAUAGUAGAAUAUGAA